AUGACACAUGAGAGAUUCUCCUUGAUUCAAAAAUAUCUACAUUUAGCUGAUAAUUGUCAAAUGCCUCCACCUGAUUCCCCUAACUUCGAUUUAUUAUACAAAGUUCGACCGAUUCUCAAUUUGGCCCAGAAGUUCAAAACAGUUAUGAAUCCUCAACGUGGUUUAGCCAUCGACGAGGCGAUGAUCGCUUAUAAAGGUAAAUUUCCCACCCGCCAGUACAUGCGUGAUAAGCCUGAUAAGUGGGGAUUCAAGAUGUGGGCCAUUGCAGAAAGCAAGAGUGGAUACAUGCUUGACAUUUCACCGUAUCUGGGGAAAAAAGAAGUUGUGAGAAAAGAAUUACUGCUAGGCGAGCAGGUGGUUCUGCAAUUAUCAGAAGCUUUUCGUGAUAUCUAUUAUCAUAUUUACUUCGACAACUUCUUCACAUCAGUCUUUUUGAUGGAGGAAUUAUUGAAGUAUAAUAUUUAUGCAUGUGGCACCGUGAGAUCGAAUCGUCGCGAAUAG